AUGACUUCAAAGCUUAAAUCUAUUCGAGCGGGACACAGAAGCGCAGUUUCUAGGAUUUUAAGAAGAUUUGAGGAGAGAAGUGAAACCGAAGAAAAACCGGAAGAGGACGAGUUGGAAACAAUUUUGGAUACAUUGAAGGAAAAGCAAGAUAUUCUAAAGGAUUUGGAUAAGAACAUUUUAGAUAGUGUACAAGAGGAGGAUAUAGAGCAAGAGAUACUUGACACAGAUGAGUAUAAAUUUAAUUUAGAGACGAAAAUACGCAAAAUUCGUAAAUUUAUUCAAGCUCAAACAUCAAAUUUAAAUGCAGCCGCUAGAAGUUUUUCGCCGCACAAUGAGACACUGCAACCCAUGCAAAAUGUUGGCCCCGUAUAUAACAUAAGAGAUGACUCACAAAAUACUGGCCUCAAUUUCACGUCGUUACGUUCAAAUUCAAGCGUCAAUAGCAGCAACUUUCAUAAACUACCGAAAUUGAAUUUACCUACAUUUGACGGAAACGUACUUGAAUGGCAGUCCUUUUGGGAUUCUUUUGAUUCCGCAAUUCACAACAACAACACUCUAACCGACGUUCAAAAGUUCAACUACCUAAAAUCUUUACUAGAAGGAGAAGCGUCAUACACCAUUGCCGGAUUUGCUCUUACGCACACAAACUACAACAAAGCUAUUGAACUCAUACAUGAAAGAUUCGGACAAAAGCAUAAGAUAAUUCAGUCGUACAUGCAAGCAUUACUAGACAUACCCGCACCAAAGAAUACGCUUACGCACCUUAGAAGCUACUACGACAGGACAGAAACAUACAUACGUGGCCUUGAAUCUCUCGGACAGGCUCAAGACUCAUACGGCUCGUUAUUAGUACCAGUCAUACUCAACAAAAUGCCCAGUGAAAUACGCAAAAACCUGACUCGUGAACACGGUUCAACAGAUUGGUUUCUCGGUGAUCUUAGAAGAUCUAUCCUUAAGGAGCUGGCCAUUUUAGAGUCUGGUAACAGUACAGAAACAGGUGAGAGUCCGAGCGCUACAGCUACGUUCUACACAAAUACAAAAUCACGUAAAAUCUGGCCAAAAAACAAUUCAACCAAUUCAACACAGAAAUCUCAUACCAUAAGCUGUGCAUACUGCAAGGAGCCCCACUAUUCUUCAGAAUGUACUAAAUAUACUGAUCCAAACGACCGCAUGACAAUUGUAAAAAAGGAAAGACUGUGCUUUAAUUGUUUAGGGCGACACAGUGUAGCAGAUUGUAAAUCAAAAUCAAACUGCAAGAAAUGUAAAAGACGUCACCACACAAGCCUAUGCAACAAAGACCACGACAAAGAAACUACAAGUACAAGUAGUACAUGUACAGUACAAACACACAACGCGGAGGAAUCUGAGACAACAGUUUUAUAUUCAUCUCUAUGCCGUGAUCGCCCAAAUGUCUUGUUGAAGACCGCAAUUGCACCGCUCAACUACAGAGGACAAACAAUUGACACCAAUAUACUUUUCGACGAAGGAGCCCAAAGGUCGUUUAUAACUAGGGAAGUAGCAGAUACAUUAGAUAUAAGACCAACAGGAAGAGAGGCAAUAGCAUUAUCGGGAUUUGGAGACACUGACAAGAACAGCAGAGUUCAACAACUAGAUACAGCAACAGUUAAGUUACAAACUAUUUAUGGCGACCAUAUUUCAGUAGAUGUUUUAAUUGUACCAAAAAUAGCCGCACCAUUGACGACUUACAUUCAUACUGCCAAAACUAUGCCGUAUUUACAACAUUUAAGAUUAGCUCACGCCGUAAAUAAAGAUGCAUCAUUUGAAAUAGGAUUACUUAUUGGAGCUGACCAAUAUUGGAACAUAGUUGAGGAUGAAAACAUCAGAGGCGAGGGACCUACAGCAGUAAGGUCCAAACUAGGAUAUCUACUCUCAGGACCUCUGAAAGGAACCCACUCAGUGAACACAAACGCAUCAAUGAUGAAUGUAAUUGUUUCAACCAAACGAGAAGAGUUUGAUCUAGAAAAGUUCUGGAAGAUAGAAACAACUGGGACCGAGAAUAUGGACGCCGAUUUUAAGUUUAAUCAGGAAUUCCAGGACGUGUAUGAAAAAACUUCGAUCCGUUACCAUGACAACCGCUACUUUGCAAAACUUCCAUGGAAAGAGGACCACCCAACACUACCAUUGAAUAGACAUAUUGCAUAUCGACGGACAGUAAACGUUGUUAAUAGAUUAAGAAAAGAUCCAAACAUGUUAACAAAAUAUGGAGAAAUCAUCGCAGAACAGCAGAGAAGAGGCUUUAUAGAAAAAGUUGACGACAAAAUUCCACAAGACAGAAAAGUACAUUAUAUUCCACACCACCCGGUGAAAAAGGAUUCUGCAACUACCCCAAUAAGAAUAGUGUACGACUGCAGUUGCCGUGAAACACCUGAUAUCCCUUCACUGAAUGAUUGUUUACUAAACAUUCCACCAAAUCUGAACGACAUAGCUGCAAUACUUCUCAGGUUUCGUCUACAUAAAUAUGCAGUAACAACAGACAUUGAGAAAGCGUUUCUUAAUGUGGGACUAGAAGAAAAGGACAGAGACGUUACAAGAUUUUAUUGGUACAGCAACCCAACAGACCCAACAGGACAGUUAGUAACUUACCGUUUUAAAUCCGUUCUUUUCGGUGCAACAUGCUCUCCUUUUAUUUUGAAUGCUGUUUUGCUGAAACAUUUGAAAGACAACGUGUGCACCUGGACAGAGAGGUUAACAAAUGACCUGUACGUCGACAACAUUAUUUCAAGUUUUUCAGAAGAAAACGAUUUAAUAAAUUACUACAACCAGACUCGACCAUUAUUUGCCAACGCAGGAUUUAAUCUUAGAUCAUGGGCUUCAAAUAGUGAGAUAUUGCAGGAAUUUGCAAGAAAAGACAGUGUUGUGGACAAUGACAAAAUUAUCAAGGUACUUGGUUUAAAAUGGAAUUACCAAAAGACAGACUGCGCGAAGCGCCUCCUUUUACUGUUACUGGUGUAG